AUGCUGAACGCAGAGAAAACAAACCAGACUGGCAUCACAGAAUUUGUCCUCUUGGGAUUGGGGACCCCCUCUGAACUGCAACCUUUUCCUUUCUUGCUUUUCCUGAUAAUUUAUCUUGUGACAAUAAGUGGGAACCUCCUCAUCAUUGUGCUGGUUGUGGCUGACCAACACCUUCACACCCCCAUGUACUUCUUCCUAGGGACUUUGUCCUGCCUGGAGACCUGCUGCUCUUCAACUAUCUUGCCAAAAAUGUUGGCUAGUUUGUUAACUGGAGACAGAAGUAUUACUGUGGGUGGGUGCUUAGCUCAGUACUAUUUCUUUAGUUCUUGUGCAGCUACAGAAUUGUUUCUGCUUGCAGCAAUGUCUUAUGACCGUUACUUGGCUAUAUGUAGACCUUUGCUCUAUGCUUCUAUUAUGAGUAGGAAAUUAUGUUUCCAGCUUAUCACUGGGUCAUGGAUCAAUGGGCUGUUAACUAAUGGCAUCAUGGUAUUUCUGAUUAGUCAGCUAUUUUUCUGUGGCCCAAAUGUCAUUGACCAUUACUUUUGUGACCUGAAUCCACUGGAAAAACUCUCCUGUAGUGACACAAGCCAGAUGGACCUCGGCGUUUUUCUCUUGUCAUUUAUUGAUGGUCUGUUCCCAUUUAUUCUAACACUCAUGUCCUACUUUUCCAUCAUCACUGCCAUCAUAAGAAUCAAAUCCAGCACUGGAAGGAAAAAAGCUUUUUCAAAUUGUUCUUCUCAUCUCAUGGUGGUUUCUCUUUUUUAUGGCACCGUUAUCAUUGUCUACAUGUCCCCAGACACACUCACUCUGAGACAUCUCAAUAAAUUUUUCUCCAUCUUUUAUACAGUGUUUACUCCUUUGGCCAAUCCCAUCAUCUACACUCUAAGAAACAGAGAAGUUCACAAAGCCUUCAGACGGGUUUACAGUAAACUGACAUUUUUUGGGAAGGUGUAG